UUCUGACUUUUGAGCAAAUUGAGACAGAAUUCCAAUGGCUUUCACUUUAUCACCACCACCACCACAUCUUCUUCCUCCAAAAACAUCAAGAGCAGGGCCUUCAUUUAUUUGCCAUUCAUUGUCUUCUUCUUCUUCCUCAUCAACACCAUACAGCAUGGGCCAGAAGAUGGGAGGGUCGAAACUCAUGGAAUUCCCACACCUGUUAGAUCCACACAGGGAUACAAUGAUCAGCCUGAUCUCGGCCGUGGAGAAUUGCCUCGGUUCUCACCUUCUUCCUUCUUCGGUCCCUCCUGAUGUUGAAUACUACCAGAACGAAAGCGGCACUUCUCAAGGCACUCUUUGCGUUAGAUGCGGCAUCGACUCCUCUCCUGUAGAUUUCGUUCUGGCAAGUUGGCUGCACUUGGAGCAACCAACCGGCGGUGGUGCCUUGGACAUAACCAACAUCGCCGGCUACAUGAAGUCAUCAACGGAGGUGCCCCACUUCCAAUUCGAGCUUGUGCAAUGCAGCCCCACAUAUUUCAUCCUCUUCCUUGACUUAAUUCCUCGCAGGGACACUGUCAGCCAUCCUGACUACCUCAAAACCUUCUAUGAGGACACCCAACUGGAGGCUCGCCGGCAACGACUAGGCCAACUCCCUGAGGUGCAACCCUACUUCUCAUCAUCCCUGUAUUUCCGUGGUGUGGUGUCACCGACUGGAAUCUUGGUUAGCAUAAAAUGCGAGGACGGUGGAAAGGAACGUGUGGAAGAAAUUAUACGCGAUCACAUUGGUCCCAUAUCUAAUGAGGUUGCGGGAAUUUGGAUGGAUAUGUGUGUUGGUGGGGGUGGGGAGGUUAGAGAGGCCGAGAGAGCAGAAUUAGAAAAGAGGGACAGCUUGAUCAAACGCAAGGCUAUAGAGAUGGACUUGAGCUCUAGCUUGCCCAAGCAGUUCGGCCAAGAAGUGGCAGACCGAGUCUUGCGGGUCAUAAGAAGUGUUUACAAAACAUGAUCAACUUUUUCUUUCUUUCUUUCUUCCUUCUUCUUCUUUUUUUUUUUUUUUUUGGUGAUAUAGAAGUGAAAAUAAUUUGAGUGUUUUAUGUUUUGGAUUAUUUGUUAGUAUUUUUAUUUUAAAAAGAGAGAAGGAAAAAGUGUUGCUGUCUUUUAUUUACUUGUAUACUUUCAAUUUAUAUAAGCAUUGAGUUAGGGGUGCAUUUGAAAUAAUACCAACAAACUUGUACA